AUGCUAUUACAGAGAAAGAAACGUCUGUAUCCCUCAUAUACAGGAUAUUUUAGACCUGGCAAGUGUAAAUCUGUCUAUUCUAACUUAGACUUCAAAAGUGGUUUUUUAAUACCUCUCGAGAAGAAACAUCAUCGCUUUUUCUUGUUUCUUGGCCUGUUUCAUUUUACGGUUAUGGCGCAAGGUCUAAAAGGACCUCCUGGAACAUUUCAGCGCGUAGCUAACGAACUCAUACGUGGACUCAAGGCUAUCGACGACAUCAUAACAGCGAGUCACAGCGUUGCACAGCAUUUUCAGGACACCAGGAUAGAAAACUUCCGAAUGAGACUUACUCCCGAAAAAUGCUCUUUCUUUCAAACGGUCAGCUACUUAGGUGUCCUCAUAAGUAAAAAGGCUCCUGUUCUCGCUCCACCUAUCCUUUCUCAGCCAUACAUAUUUCAUACAAACGCCUCAACUUUUGGCCUAGGAACAUGCUUAUUACAGAAGAAUCCUUCUUCUCAUCAGGGGCAUCCCAGUGCAGCAGACCAUUAA